CGAAUAUCCGCAUACAAUCUGUCCGCCAACUCCUUCGUUGCGUCUGGGCCAUGAGUCAACAGAGACUCGGUGUACAAGACUCCGCUGGCAGGUUUCAGCAGAGACACGGUUGCAGUGAGGAUAUUCAGCAGGCCGAUGUGGUCGGAAAGAUUGGAAGUGUCAAUCACAGCGAAGGACGUCGGAGCAUUCCCAUUCCCAUAUUCCACCCGAUUCAACUGCAGCAGCUGCGUUUUCCAUUGCGCUACAGGAAUGCCGAUAUCAACAGCACCAGAGCUUCUGAACCCGUUGAAUGCUUUGCAAAGAGCCGUCGCUUCCGCUGCAAUGAAUCUGAUGAAGAGCGGCUUCUUCGUGUUCGCCACUGCGGCUCGAAAAGCGGCGCACCAGCCAGCAAACUGUGACUGAACGAACGUCACAAGCUGGGUUCUUGAGACCGACUUUUUGGAGCUGAACAGUGGAGCGAGGUGGAAUGAACUGAUGG